CGUGGGUGAAGCUAGCGAUCUAUACACACCACCGCCCUCCACUCGGUAAGCUACGGCGGUGGGAAUCAUGGCGCGCAGGUGGGCGAGUUUCUUGUUGAGCUGCCUGGCUAUCUGCUCACUUGUCACGCUGGCCGUGACGGUGAAGCAUGAGAACUUCAAGACUUGUGCACAGUCUGGUUUCUGCAAGCGAAAUCGAGCAUACGCUGAUACAGCACUGUCAACGACCAAUUGGGCGUCUCCUUACAGCCUCGAUCCUACAUCCGUGAAGUUUGACAGGGGCAUUUUGACGGGGACCGUGAUCAAACAAACUAUCAACACAGAUGAGACUGUUCGAUUGCCACUGACCAUCGCGUUCUACGAAUCGGGUGUUGCACGUGUGACCAUUGACGAGGAGAAGCGACAGAAAGGCGAGAUAGAACUCAGGCACAAUAGUAAAGCCAAGAAGCAGCGCUACAACGAGGCCGAACAAUGGGCAAUCGUCGGCGGCACGAAGCUCAGCACGGGUGCCGCAACAGGGAAUAGCGCCGAACAAAGUACUACGCGCGUCUCGUAUGGACCAGCAAGUGCCUUUGAAGCGAUUAUACGCCAUUCGCCGUUUGGGGUCGAGUUCAAGCGCGGUGGAGAGACACACAUCAAGUUGAACGAUCGGGGGCUGCUGAACGUUGAGCAUUGGCGGCCGAAGAUAGACAAGCCUGAACCGGAGAAGAAGGAAGGCGACGAGGAGAAGAAAGAAGGCGAAGAAGCUGUGGUUGCCGAGUCUGAAAAAGACGCUGCGGAAGAUGAGGGUACGUGGUGGGAUGAAUCUUUUGGCGGCAACACAGACAGCAAACCACGCGGCCCUGAAGCCGUUGCUUUGGACGUUAGCUUCCCAGGCUAUCAGCAUGUUUACGGCGUUGCUGAGCAUGCUGGUCCACUGUCGUUGAAGGAGACUCGUGGCGGUGAGGGCAAGUACGACGAUCCGUACCGUCUCUACAAUAGCGACGUCUUCGAAUACGAGAUGGACAGCCCGAUGACAUUGUACGGCGCCAUUCCAUUCAUGCAGGCGCACAAAAAGGACUCUACGGUGGGUGUACUCUGGCUGAACGCUGCUGAGACCUGGAUCGAUAUCACUAAGAGUACCACCUCCGCCAACCCGCUUAGUCUUGGCAUUGGCGGCACCGUCUCUACGAACACGCACUGGAUCAGCGAGUCCGGGUUGCUUGAUAUCUUUGUCUUCCUUGGCCCGAGUCCGCAGGAUGUCAUUGGGUCUUACUCGGAGCUUACCGGAUACACUCAGCUUCCGCAGCAGUUUGCCAUUGCCUACCACCAGUGCCGUUGGAACUACGUCACGGACGAGGACGUGAAAGACGUUGACCGCAAGUUCAGCAGGCACAAGAUCCCGUACGACGUUAUCUGGCUUGAUAUUGAGUACACAGAGGGCAAGAAGUACUUUACGUGGGAUCCUAUGACCUUUGGCGACCCGCUGGGCAUGCAGAAGCAGCUCGAUGAAAGCGAGCGUAAGCUGGUGGCGAUCAUUGACCCGCAUAUCAAGAACGAGGGGAACUAUCCGAUCGUGGAUGAGAUGAAGUCGAAGGACUUGGCCGUACACAACAAGGACGAUAGCAUUUACGAAGGCUGGUGUUGGCCGGGUAGCAGCUACUGGAUUGACUGCUUCAGCCCGAGAGGGCGAGAGUGGUGGAAGGGCUUGUUCAGGUACGACAAGUUCAAAGGCUCGGCGAAGAACACUUUCAUCUGGAACGACAUGAAUGAGCCUUCGGUGUUCAACGGACCCGAGACGACUAUGCCGAAGGACAACUUGCACCAUGAUGGUUGGGAGCACCGCGAUGUGCACAAUCUGAACGGCAUGACGCUCGUCAACGCAACAUACGACGCCUUACUUGCCCGUGACAAGGACGAGGACAAGCACCACGUCCGUCCUUUCGUUCUCACCCGGUCAUUCUUCUCCGGCAGCCAGCGCCUGGGCGCUAUGUGGACCGGCGACAACCAAGCUGCGUGGCCACAUCUUGAAGCCAGUAUUCCCAUGAUCCUCAGCAUGGGCAUCUCCGGCUUCCCGUUCUCUGGUGCAGACGUGGGCGGCUUCUUCGGCAACCCCAGCAAAGAGCUCCUCACUCGAUGGUAUCAGGCAGGCGCCUUCUAUCCAUUCUUCCGCGGACAUGCACAUAUUGAUACGCGCAGGAGAGAGCCAUACUUGGCCGGCGAGCCUUACACGCAGAUCAUCACGCAAGCGCUGCGAUUGAGGUACAGUCUCCUGCCAGCAUGGUACACUGCCUUCCAUGAGGCGAGCACCACUGGUGCGCCCAUCGUGCGGCCAAACUAUUACGUGCAUCCGAGCGACGAGAAGGGAUUCGCGAUUGACGACCAGCUGUACCUUGGCAGCUACGGCUUGCUGGCGAAGCCGGUGACGAAAGAAGGAGAAGUAGCGCAGGACAUCUACCUUGCGGACAAGGAGAAGUACUUCGACUACUUUGAUUACUGGAUGUACGAAGGCCCGGCAACCGUGAGCGUCGCAGCACCACUCGAAACCAUCCCACUCCUAAUGCAAGGCGGGCACAUUAUUCCACGGCGGGAGCGGCCUCGCCGUAGUAGUGGCUUAAUGCGAUACGACCCUUUUACUCUCGUUGUCGUGCUUGGGAAUACUGGUGACGCAGAAGGUACCCUAUACCUAGAUGACGGUGCCAGCUUCGACUACCAAGACGGUGCCUAUAUUCAUCGCCGUUUCGUCUACAGUGCAGCUAUGGGCACGCUUAGCAGCGAAGACCUUGCAGUGGCAACGGGAUCUAAGACUAGUGCGUACUUGAAGGAGAUGGAAACCGUUAAGGUGGAGAAGGUCAUUGUGGUUAACGCGCCUGAGUCUUGGAAGGGUAAAGCGGAGGUGAGCAUAUCCGAAGAAUUGGCUGGGAAGAGCUCCGGUACGAGGAGUGUGCCGUUGGAUUGGCACGCUAGGGAGGAGGGAAGGGCGGCUUGGGCUGUUAUUAGAAACCCUGCUGUGCGGAUAGGGUCUGGGUGGAAGAUCAGUUUUGCGUAGGCUGCUAGCGAAAUGUCCAAAGACCGUAGCGCAAUCAAUGUAUGAAUGCAUAUCAGCGAGGUUCCUCCGCGUUGCCAGAGUGCAUUGGAACAUCUCGUCAGAGC